CAUCAAUUUGCCAACAUUGAAUACAUUGUGGAACUGAUUUAACGUUGACGCCAAUUAGUCCGUGCGGAAAUUUACAGUAAGCGCAACCAAAUAUAAUCAUGUCGCGAGUUUUGGUUGGAGUUAAGCGUGUAAUCGACUAUGCUGUAAAGAUACGCGUAAAACCGGACAAGUCCGGUGUGGUCACCGAGGGCGUGAAGCAUUCGAUGAAUCCGUUCGAUGAAAUUGCGGUAGAAGAGGCGGUAAAAUUGAAGGAGAAAAAGAUCGCCUCCGAAGUGGUAGCCGUGUCAGUUGGUCCGGCUCAAUCGCAGGAAGUACUUCGUACCGCACUGGCCAUGGGUGCUGACCGUGGCAUUCACGUCGAGGUGGCGGGCAAGGAGUUUGAUUUGUUGCAGCCGAUUCAUGUGUCGAAAAUAUUGGCCAAGCUUGCACAGGACGAGAAGGCGGAUUUGGUGAUACUCGGCAAGCAGGCCAUCGAUGACGAUUGCAACCAGACUGCACAGAUGACUGCCGCUGUGUUGGACUGGCCGCAGGCCACCUUUGCCUCCAAGAUCGACAAGGACGGCGACAGUCUGACGGUGGUGCGGGAGGUAGAUGGUGGCUUGGAAACGAUCAAGGCCAAAAUGCCGGCCGUAGUUAGCGCUGAUCUGCGCCUCAAUACGCCGCGCUACGCGACCCUUCCUAACAUUAUGAAAGCCAAGAAAAAGCCGAUUAAGAAAUUAGCACCGAAAGACUUAGGAGUAGACACAACGCCCCGCAUCGAAAUUGUUUCCGUCGAGGAUCCACCUGUCAGACAGGCGGGAUCCGUACUGCCCGAUGUUGAUACCUUGCUGACCAAACUUCGCGACGGCGGUCACAUUAAGUAGGACCCACUUUAUGGGA